CGUGCUAACCUGGGACAAGCAUAGUUAGCUUGCGUUAAAUCUGAAUCCUGAUACAUUUGGCGAAACACAUUUCAUUUACAGCCUUUCUGCAGAGAUGAGUCGUACACCCGAUGCAAGAGCGAGGGAUGACCAGACGAGAAAGAUCCAGGAAAACAUCACCAAUGUGGAGAAACAUUUCGGACAGAUGUGCCAAAUGUUUGCUGCAUAUGUCCGUAAAACAGCCAGGCUACGAGACAAGGCAGAUAUCCUGGUUCGGGAAAUCAGCUUGUAUGCAGACACAGAAACGCCAAACCUGAAAAGGGGUAUGAAGCAGUUUGCUGACCACCUGGCCAAGAUUGAAGACUAUCGCCAAGCUGAGGUGGAAAGACUUGAAGCCAAAGUCAUAGAGCCCUUGAAGAGCUAUGGAGCUGUAGUGAAACGUAAAAGGGAGGAUCUGAAGACAACUCAAAGUGCCAGAGACAGAGAGGCCAAACAGAUGGCUCAGCUUGAGAGGACCAGACAGAGAAACCCCUCAGACAGGCAGAUCAUCUCUCAGGCUGAAAGUGAGCUCCAGAGAGCCACCAUGGAUGCCACGCGGACCACCCGACAGCUGGAGGAGACCAUAGAUGAGUUCGAGAAGCAGAAGAUCCGGGACAUCAAGAAAAUCUUUGGUGAGUUUGUGACGGUGGAGAUGUCGUUCCAUGCCAAGGCCUUGGAGGUGUACACCUUGGCCUACCAGAGCAUUCAAAGUGUGGAUGAGGAGGAGGAUCUGGAGGUGUUCAGGAGUUCGCUGCACCCCCCUGACUAUCAGUCACGCUUAGACAUAGUGCGAGCUAAUUCCAAAACCUCCCUCGAUCGGACUGGAUCCUUCCUGAGUACAUCAGGGACUUUACAGCAACAAAGGGCUAGUGGUCGACAGACAAGAAGAGAGGAGGAGGAGGAGGAAGAAGACGACGAAGAGAACGAAGACGAAUCUGAAGAGGAGGAGGAUGAAGAGGAGGACACAGAUGAUGAAAUAUAAUGGGGAGGGUUUGCCUCUAUGGAACAAAGAGGUUAUCAGAAGGUGUAUUACUGUUUUACAAUCUGAAAGAAAAGCCGUGUCAUUGCCAAAAUCACCUGACACAGGUGGUCUGAGCAGUAUUGUAGUGCAAGUGUGUUGUAGUUGAGUGAUGCUUUGUUUUGUCCUUGAAAUUCCAGCUUGGUGUUGUCUUAGCUAUAUUUUUAUAAAACACACAAUGCCAAAUGUACAUUACAUAUUCACUAGUAUUGUAUUAUUAGUGAAUGCAAUUGUGCGGCGUUAUUCAUCUUUAUA